AUGGAAGGAACAAAAGUUAAUAAAGGACCUCAAGGAAAUAACCGCAGAUUUGUAAGAAAUAGAAGGGACGAUAAUUCAUUCAACCAUCCUAUGGAAGGGAAAGUAAAUUCUGUUAAACCCCGAUAUUCAUCUGUUGAUCAUACCAAACAUGUUGAAAUGAAACCUGGAAUGGAUGUAUUAAAACAAGAUGAUGGAAAUAAACAGGAGAAUAAGAGUAACUUCAAAGGAAAAGAUGGUCAUUUCCAUGGAGGAAAGGAUGGUCAUUACCAUGGACAAAAAGAAAAUAGAACUAAUAUAAAGCAUGAUGAUAGACGAAAGUUUAAUUUUCCUAAAGAGAAAUCAAAUACAAGACAUCCGAGAUCGUACAGUCGAAAUCAGAGUAAAGGAAACGAAGCACAUGAUGAAGCAAGAACGAGAAAACAGCCAAGUAAAAAUGAAAGUGUAGUGUCAAAGAGGAAUGAUAAUGCCAACAUGUCCUCGACACCACAACAUUUAAAACCUGCAGUUCAUGUGCAGCCAUUACAGCAAGUGUCUGAGAAAACUGGUGUGCGACCUACGGUAGGACUAAAUUCAAGCACCUUACAGACAACUGAUUCUAGCGUACGGACAUCAAAUCAAGCCGGAGCUGAAGGAUGCCAGGAUGUUAGGUAUUACUGAUUUUCUAUUGUAGUCAGCUUACGCAUGCUGCAGUCCCCUGGAUUCAAGGCAAAAGGGUGUUUAAGCUUCACGUUUUAGCAAUUGAGCACAACGGAAAACUUCAGAUUAGGAUUUAAACGGCAGCAAUUUUUUUCAACAUACACUUACAAUUUCUUCCUCAAAAGGAUUGUACAGUAGUGUCACACUAUGGUAUCGUGGGCAUUUGCAUUGUUUUUAUCUUAUCCAAUAUCAACAAAUAACGAUAAAAAAUGCCUUGUGUGGUACAUUUCCAAUAAAAAUCAGAUAAAAGAAGCAAGGAUUUUCAAAAAAUGGUUUAAAUAUACGACAGUUUACAAAAAUCUUUUCUAGAUCUAUAUCGAUGUACUCGGCCCAUAAAAUGGCAGCUAACAGGAAUUUGAGCCCGCAAUACCAUGGUGUGACACUAAUCCUUUAAGUAAUUGCCUUACAUGAGCAUUAAUUUUUCUUCGUUUCAUGUUAUAUAAACUGGCAUAUAUUUUUCUUCGUUUUAUAAUUAGAUAUACAGUCUUUAUGAAAACUGUUUACAUUUGUCUCUUAUUCAGCAAUGUUGGUUAUACCAAAGAAGUGAGUUACCAAAGAUCUGCGUCACAGCAGACACUUCCAAAACAAGCUACAUCCACAAUGGUACACACUAUCCCUGGGAAAGUUGAAGGAACACAAACAACAGACAGAACCAAACAGAAUUUCCAAGCACCUGUCCUUCUUCAUCAAAUUCCAUUGAAUCAGAUGAACCCAGUAUUUCCAACCGAGGCUCGUUCUUUAGCGGAUCUUAAUACAAGUGGUCUUGGUACUUAUCUAUCAUCAAGUAUAUGUUCUUCAUUUGUUCCACAAAAAGAUUUGCUAAAAUCUCAAAGUAAUCCUCCAGCUAACCAAAACAUGUUACAGGACGGUUGUUUGUUGCCAGCGCAGCUUGCAAUGGCUCAAGGUCAACAGAAUAAUAUCCCGCCGAAAUUCCUCACAGGUAUAGUUGACUGCUUAUUAGUAAGUGUUUUUAAUAAUUUUCAUUAAUCCACAGUGAUUACCCAACUAAGGAUUCUGCUUGGCGUCAAAAUAUUAAACAGUAAGUAGGAACUAGGGAAACGUUGUUUCUUACCAUGUUUCCAGAAUGUAUGCAUACAGGAAACUUGGUUUCCAUUAUACUUGGCAAAACAAAAUAUCUACUUUCUGGAUGUGUUUGGAAACAAUUUCGCGUGCGGGAAAGCAAUUUUUUCCAAACAUUGUUUCCAAUGGAAACACGGGGGACGUCGAAAUUGUCAAAUGUUUCUGCGACAAUGUUUUCUAAUGACGAUUCUUGUUUUUUCUCAGAUUGAUAAUUGCAACAUUUUUCUUUUAGAGCAAAAUUUAGUACCGUUACACGACAGAAGCCAGGACUCGCAAUCACGUGCGAUGCACAACAAUGUAAAACAACCGUUACUUGGUCAUUCCCAGAAUUCUUUCCAAAUGCCACAUGACCAAUUAGAAGAAGCAGUAUCCCUGCAGAGUAGCCGGAUGAAAAGUAUGGUUACCGUAUAUCUGUGGACAGUUUAUUCAGUACGUCGUUCUUUACAAACACACAGACAGGUGUAAAAAAUAAUACAGAGAUGGUAGAGACACGUGACCCACUGCAUGAGAACCACAUGGUUAAAAACCAGAAAUGCCAAGAGACAACAACAGACCUUUCAAACCAAGUAUUUCAGAUGAAGGAAACACAACAGAUCCAUGCAAAACCCGAUCAACUUUUGAAUGAGGCACAGCAGUAUGAUGUAGUGAACCCUAACAACAUGAAGACCAACAACACAUCACUGAACAAUCACAUGGUUAAAAAUCAGAAAUGCAAUGAGAAACUAUUCUUAUCCAGCCAAUUACCACAUGAUCAAUUAUUAAACGAAGCUCAGCAUUUCGAUGUGGAAAACCCUAGUAAUAUGAAGAACAACCCCACCACACUGAACAACCAUUUGCUUAAAACCCAGAAAUGCAAUGAAACAACAGUCCUCUCCAAUCAAGCAGCUCACGAUCAACUUUUGAAUGAAAAACAACAGUUUGAUGUAGGAAACCCCAAUAAGAUGCCGCUCGCGCCUUCCCAAGAUACGUACAAGAAAGAUGAAAAUUUCGAUGCUCGCCUUGUCUCCCCAAGACGCUCAAAAGAUCUUGAUAAACAGACUCUUGGCAGUCCACCACCUAUUCUUCGAAACCUCGCACCCCACGUGGGUCUACAAGGCGAGUGUGCCACUGCAUUAAUGAAAAACCCUCCGUUUUCACUAGAAAGUACCAAUACACGGACGUACAGAAAUUUUACAGAUCAGCCUGAAGAUGGUAAAGAAAGGCUACCUACUGGAAAGAUGUCUGGAUUUAGCAGAGAAGAUAAAAGUACAAGGAGUGGUAUGACGUCUGAAAAAGAAAUUAUAGUAAAUAAUGUAGCACAAUUAAACCGUGCACAGGGCCUGCAAGAACCUUCCCUCACAAAUACCAAUUCUGAUGUGCAAACAAAUUCCUUGGUCAAUCCAAAUUACAGAGAAAUCCCUAAGCUUUCUACGAGUUUAAAAACUGACGGAUUUCCAGUCAGUGAAACAAAGGAAACAGUGUCAGCUCGCUGCCCAACAACUACAGACAAGACAUCACAAUUAACGAAAGUAGAGCUUCAGUCCACAAGCUCAGGUAAAGGAGGAUAUGAGAAGAAUGAUCCUCCGUUGCUUGAUGGGGAUGUAGAAAACAAUCAGGUACAUGGAGGAGUAUUCCCUCAUGGCCCCUUCUUACCCAAUCCUUUCCUUAGUCAUUCAUUACUCACCCACCGCCAGGCUAUCCCGUCAGCCUUUGUGUACCCAUCAAGAGUUGGUAUACCUGGAAGUCAUUCUGGUUUCACUGAUGUUGCACAACAUGCUGGCAAUAAUCCAGGGUAG